GAGAUUUCCUCCUUUCAGUCAGCGGGCGAAAGGAUUAUUUAAUAAACAAAUAUUUUUUAUGGAGUAGUUAUAUGUUUAAAUACGGAAGCUGGUUAUUUCUAUUAGCUUGACAGCGACCGUAUUAUAGCAUCAGGAGGUAGCUUGUUCGCCCAAACGCUGACGCAGGUACAUUUAUACAUAUUUUUUUCCCUUACGGCAGCCAGAAGAGUCAAAAAUGGAAAAGAAUCUGUCCAAACUUUUAGUUGGGCUUUCCGUCCAAAUCAGUCGCAGUGAUGGUCGAAUCCACUCGGCCAUCGUUAAAUCCGUUGAUGCCUUCAAGUCUACGGCUAUGGUGGAGUGGCAGGAGAGGAAAAUGUGCCGAGGGAAGGAGAUUGAGAUGAGUGAGUUGUGCCAUCUAAAUCCAGAGCUUCUGGACCAUGUGAAUGCUGCUACCAAAGCUGCUGAGAUGCCCACCGCUGUUCCUAACAAGAAGUAUGAAGGUCGACUGCGCUCAUCCAGGAUCCCGGCUCCUCCUUCCUCCUCUGCUCCAGCGGGCGAAAAUGACGAGGAGUCAGUUGCCGUUCGGCCUCAAGCACGACAGACGUGUUUCUUCCAACCCCAGGCCCCUGUUUUGCCAUCAGUAUCAACCUUGGGAACUUCUCCAGAAAACCCAGAGACGAUCUGUCCCGAAAUGAACCCAUCAUCUGCAAGCUCUGUGGCUCCUAUUCAUCUGCGGAGAGGAAACGAAGCCAAACCAUCACAGCCGAUGCCUUUACUUCGUGAGGCAGUCAAAGAAAAUGAACCUGAGAGAAUGCCUCCUCUACCUUCAGCCAAAAGCAGAAGAAAAUCUGUGGCUCCUCAGGAAUCAAACAGAAGCAACAAAAGGGUUUCUAGUGUCAUGAAGCCCUUUGACACGCAGCCCAAGAAGGGAAAGUUUGGAGAGUCAUCUCGCCCAAAUCAGAAGUUCUAUGAGAUGAUCCAGGACUUUAGAGAAACCUUGGAAAUAACUCCGUUAACAACCACAGACCCGAUCGAGCCUUACAAGAUAUGUGUGUGUGUUCGCAAACGGCCUCUAAACAAGCAAGAGAUUAACAAGAAGGAGAUUGAUGUGGUAUCAGUACCUGGUAGAGGUGUAUUACUGGUCCAUGAACCGAAGCAGAAAGUUGACCUAACAAAGUACCUGGAAAACCAGGUCUUCCACUUUGACUACUCCUUCAAUGAGAAUGCCACCAAUGAGCUCGUCUACAAGUUCACAGCCAAGCCUUUGGUGCUGUCCAUUUUUCAAGGUUGCAUGGCAACCUGUUUUGCCUACGGCCAGACAGGAAGUGGGAAGACCCAUACGAUGGGAGGGGACUUCACGGGGAGGCAGCAGAACAGCGCUAAAGGAAUCUAUGCCUUGGCAGCCCAAGACGUUUUCACCCAUCUCAACCACAGGAAGUAUGCUAAUCUGGAUCUCUGCAUCUACGUCAGCUUCUUUGAGAUUUAUAACGGCAAAGUGUAUGACCUGCUGAAUAAGAAGGCCAAGCUGCGUGUUUUAGAGGAUGACCGGCAGCAGGUUCAGGUGGUGGGGCUGGAGGAGGUCUGUGUGUCCUCAGCUGAUGACGUCAUCAAGAUUAUACAAAUAGGGAGUGCAUGCAGAACAUCAGGGCAGACCUCAGCCAACGCCAACUCCUCACGCUCCCACGCCGUCCUCCAGAUUGUGCUGCGGCGCAGUGACCGUGCCGCCACGCUGCAUGGCAAAUUCUCAUUGGUCGAUUUGGCAGGCAACGAGCGUGGCACAGAUGUCAGCAGCAACGACCGCAGCACUUUAGUGGAGACGGCGGAGAUCAACCGUAGCCUGUUGGCUCUCAAGGAGUGUAUUCGUUCUCUGGGGAGGAACAGUGAUCACAUUCCUUUUCGGAUGAGUACUUUGACCAAAGUGCUCAGGGAUUCCUUCAUUGGAGAAAAGUCCAGAACCUGCAUGAUUGCCAUGGUGUCUCCGGGCAUGGCGUCCUGUGAAUAUACAAUGAAUACACUUCGCUAUGCAGACAGAGUGAAGGAGCUGAAUGCCGGUUCCAAAGCCAUUGAAGCACAGAAGGAAAAGGAGCCAAUAAACAGUUCCUCAGAAGAGGAUACUGCUGUCGAUACCAGCGUGCUUGAUGCCAUCUCUCAGGUGGCUGAGUUGGAGGAAAACGUCUAUGCAGAGCUAAAGAGGGCAACUGAACUUGUUAAAGAAAUGGACAAUAUCUCAUACAGCAUUGAGGACGGACUUCCUGAUCUAGUGGAUCAUUCCAGGAAGUUAUUGGACUCAGUUCUGGCUUUGCAGUCUGCUGUGGAAAAGGAGCGCAUGGCAAGGCUGAACCACUGAGACGCCAAAACACCACCAGAGGGACAACCUGUUUUUCAACGUUUUCUUUGUUUUUAUUGUAAUACGUACUUUAAAUAAAAUGUAACACUAA